UGUUAGGUAGCCUGGCACAACGUGACAAUACAGUUGACAGGCGGGGAAAUAAGGGUCGCUGUUGUGCUGAAUCGCUCCCAGAUCAAUUUUUUUUUUUUCCCGGGAAAUCCCACUGCGUAUGGGCACAAUAUCGAGGAGAGCAUCAAAACAUAGCCCAGCUCUGGUUAAUAUAGAGGACUCUCCACCUCACUACAGGGGAUGGGAGAUCAUUUUCCGAUCUUGCAUUAGGGAAAUGGCAUUGCUGACACUGCUGCCAAGAUGGCCUUGUCGGACGUAAACAUCACACAGCUUCCCCUUCCUCUUUCCACCGCAAGACGCCUCCCUCAGCUCUCAGUGCCCCCGCUUCCACUCACAUGGUGCCUUGCUACGCAGACAGUUCCUAGCCCUGUGGUCGCCAGCUUUGAUCUGCCCAUCUUGCUGGUGCAGGCGUCCAUCCCUCACAACGGUCAGCUGUGAUCCGCCUCACAUUUGUCUUCCAUAAAAAGUCAGGUUUGUGCACAAACAUCACAUAAGUAAGAAGUAAGCAAGCCUGUCUUCAGCUUCAGUUUCAGCUUAUAUGCUGCUUCUCUUGUUUUGGCUCUGCCCUAGUGACUUCUAGCAAAAGAAUGGAGGACUGUAAAAUCAAGAGGGAAAAUCUACCAAAACUCCUAAGUCUUUACAAGGAGCUGAAAGACUGUGAAGAAAAUCUAGAAAUCAAUCCAGAAACCAGUGAAACAGGAGAAUCUUUGGCUGAUACAAACUCUGAUGAAGAAGUGGACAUAAUCUCUGUUUGUGAUGAUGAUAAAUUGGACUGUGAGAGUAAUAUAUCUGUAGAGAGUAUCACUAGUCAGAAGUUAAGAAGUGCCUCCUCAAGCAGUAGUUUAACAGUACAUGUUUGUACAUAUGAAGGCUGUGAUAGAUUUUUCAGCCGGCCAUUCCGUCUUUCCCAGCAUAUGCGCACCCAUACUGGUGAACGCCCUUAUGUGUGUCCUGAUAAGAACUGCUCAAGGUCGUAUACUCGUCAGCAGCACCUCAAAAGACACUUGGAAACUGUACAUCGAGACAAAAAUACAGAAGAAAAGCUCAAGUGUGCAAUGUGUGACAAGACAUUCAGUAACAUUUACUGUCUGAGGAAGCAUGUGCAUAGAUUCCAUGAAAAGAAAAGAUAUAAUUGCAAUGAAUGUGGACAGUCAUUUGUAAAACAGCAGCAGCUACUGAAGCACACUUACACACACACUGGAAUCAAGCCAAUUUCAUGUGAUUAUCCAGAAUGUGAAAUGAGGUUCUUGACCCUGAGCGCGCUGAAACGUCACAAACUGACACAUCAGAAAAAUCGAUAUGUAUGUCCUGAAGAAUCCUGUCAACAAAAAUUUGAUGUAUAUAAAGAUCUGCAGCAACACAUCCCAACUGCCCAUCCCAAAGGUAAUGAAAGAAAAAGAAGACAACCUAUGAAACAAAAGAAACAAAAACACUCAUUCCAUUUUGGUUUGAGUACUUAUGAAAGAAAAAGUUUAGUUUGUGACAUCUGCAGCAGACCUUUCAAACAGCUGCGAUCCUUAAAAAGCCAUCGACUCACUCAUGAACCUGAAGCAGAAGCAUAUUUCUGCACGUAUCCAGCUUGUAACAGGCAUUACUUCCACCUGAACAACCUCAUGAGUCACAUCAGGGAUAAACACCAACAGCUAAGGAUUUAUGGGUGUAGUGCUUGUGAUAAACGACUUUCUACAAAGCAAAAAUUGAUCCAGCAUAUGGCUACCCAUGAUCCAGCCUAUAAGAGGAACUAUAUAUCUAAGAAACCCCGCAAGCCUCGAAAGGACAAAGGCUCCUUACGAAAUAAUCUUGCUAAUGUUCUUUCUGGCUACACUGAUGAUGUGAAAGAAGAUGACAUGGCUCAGACUGUGCAACUAGAAACAACUCCAGAAAAAAAUACUGAUGCAAGUACAAACAUUGAUGCUGCCCAGGAUCCACAAAGUGAAGAAAGCAGCAGAGAUAUAUCAGAAUCAAAUGAGAUCUCAUGAUUUAGCAGUCAUGUUACAGACCAGACUGACAUCUUCCACAUAAGGGAGUAGCAUGGUGAGGGGGCCCGAGAGGACACCACACCCACAGUAACCCGGGGAGGCUGCAGUCCACUUUCAUCUUCCAUCCCUCCAGAUUCCUUUUGCUUACCACCUCGAGUGGAUGACACCAUUACAGGACCAGGAGACGCACUUUCCUUGCCACCAGACUGUCACGAAGAAAAAAUAAUGUGGUGUAUUUCAUAUAUAGAAAAUUUUCCGUGUCCAUUUCAGAAUGCUCCAAAACUCAUGAACAUUUAAAACACUGUAUCAGUAUUAAUAUCAGGAAUGUUACAUUUAUCUUAAUGUUCAUGACACAAAUGCAAUUAUUUUCAAGUUCAUAUUAUGUUUCAGUAAUACACAACUGGAAGGUGUACAAUGUACAUUUAUAAUUUCAGAAUGGUAUGUUUAUGAAUUUGCUUUGUUUUUGUUUGUUCAUAAGAUACACAGAGAAGGGGGUUCCAACCCCCAUGCUCCAUCUCUUGUAGCCACCUCAUACAACAUGCAGGGAAUACAGUAGCUGCAUUUUUUACCCUGCCACACAACAUUUAAUGAAUUAUGAGUAUGGUGCUUUGUUUGGGCCAUUCCGUGUGGGGUUGCUGUCCUGGUGUAUAGGUAGAUGUUUAUAAAUGUGUAGUAAAUUUCACUUUAUUUUAUGAUAUUGCCUAAAUGUUGAUUUCAUUAAAGCUUGGUUGUAUAUGCUGUUACCAAACUGCAAGAUUUUUUUAUUUUAUUUAUUUAUUUAUUUAUUUUUUUUUUUUAUAUAAGGGUCACUGGCUGAAAGAAACAAAAAGAAAAGUGGGGGGGAGACUACUGAGGUGCCAGUCCCAAAAGAGAUAUCAAGAGAAUAAUUGAAAAUUGAAGGAUAAGUUUCUUAAAGAGAGUGGAUGACAGGACAGAACCCUGAGGAACACCACUGUUAAUAGAUUUAGAAGAAUAGUGACCAUCAACUACAGCAGUAAUAGAACAGUCAGAAAGGGAACCUGAGAUGCAACUUUAUUCUCUGCACUUCAUAAAAGGUGUUUAAAAGAAGGGGAACGAGGGAACUGGGAACCUUGUCACUUUGAGACAAGGCAGUGUCAUAUCAAAGUUAAAUCACCCUCCAGGAAAUAAUGGAGAUUUUAGCCUUGUAUACCAAUAGACAGAAAUACUAUAAACAUCUUUUCUUCCUGGUUUUUUAUAAAAGGACAGGUAGCUGAAAUUAGGUCCUUGUGUUUCUUUCCCUCCAUAACUCAUACUACUGGUCUUCUCUCAUACAGGUAGAGUGAUACUUAACAAAAACCAGAAUGCUCAGAAAUAUUUUAAAUAGUUUUGCAAAAGUAAGAAGAAAACUAAAAGAUUAAAUUUUUACAUAACCUAUAACUUGAAUUUUCAUGCAAUUAAAAGUAUAUUAAAUCCU